AUGACGGGUACAGCGGAUGCCCCUAAGCUGCGCGAUGUGGCAUCGGGGUCGGGGGAUGCUAGUCGGUCUCGUAGGGUGGCUAAUGUAAGAAAUGGGUCUCGGACACGGAGUCCAAUCUCUCGGGCUGCACGCAACGAUGCAUCGGACUCGGAGUCGGAGGGCUCAAGAGCGUCUUCGAGAGGUGACGCCACUUCACGUGGUAUAACUCGGACGAGGGGUCGCGGUACAGGUAUUGUGCGUGCAAGGGCUGAAUUGCGAGCUGCUAAAGACGAAGCGAAUGAGCAAGCCUUCGAACAGUGUCUUAGGGAUCGGCUGUACCGAAAAGAGGUACCUCAGUUUGUGCUGGACCCAGAGGAGACAAUCGAAAUCCGAGCACCGGAGGACACGAGUAAGCUUAACGCAGAGGAGUUGCGAGCUCUUGGCGGUCAUAACGUGGCCAAUAUUGUGCAGGUGGCUGCCAAGUCAGGUAAUCUGAAAGGGACCUGGGUGAAACGUCUUAAAGACUCAGCUCACGUCCUGCAGGAGGUGGUUGACACUUUGGCUACCAGGACAGAAGUGGACGAGACACGCCGGCUUAGAGCUGACAAUGGUCGUCUUCGUAAUGAAGUGGAAAACCUGAAGGCUGAGCUAAAGGCCCACCGGCGUGAGUUUGCCGAAAUGAAGAGUUCCAUGGCUGCGACGAAAGACUCUCCUACUCCCACGCUGAGCAGUGACCUCAUUGAAGAUCUUAGGUCCUCCAUAGUCUCUUCCGUCGGAAUUAUGCUCGACGCUCGAUUUGCGGGCAUUGAAGAGAGGCUUCUGCCUGAAAAAGUGCAUCGCCCACCUUUGGGGGUGGAUAGGAGGAAGCGAGUUCCGCAAGCAUCUCAGCCAAGCACUGUCAAUGCGACGGAACAGAUAGCCUCGAUGACCCAGGACGCCCCAGUGACCGAAUCUUCUGCUGGAGCUCCAGACCCAGUCGCUGGCCCGAGUAGAUCUCGUGUGACGAAUGCCACUAAUUGGGCCACGGUAGUAAGGAAAGGAAAGAAGGGGAAGCCAGCCUCUCCUACUUCUGAGCCUGCACCUGCAGUCAAGUUAGCACACCCAGCUCGGCCAAAACUAGUCUCUCAUAAAACUGCUGCGGUUGUUGUUACUUUGCAGUCGGAAGCGGCAGAAAAGGGGGUGACCUACGCCCAAAUCAUCGAGCGGGCCGAGCAGAGUAUCAACCUGCAGGAGAUGGGCAUCGGUGACGGCAUGAAGAUUCGCCGAGCUGCUACUGGAGCCAGAUUGCUGGAGCUGCCCAAGGGUCAAACUUCGGAGCAGGCCGAGUUGUUAGCGAGCAAGCUUAGGGUGGCGUUAGAUGGCUUGGCUAACGUCGUCAGGCCCAGCCAGUCUGCGACCAUAAGGGUGACAGGGCUUGACGAUUCGACCACGAAAGAAAAGAUUAUCACCGCCGUCGUGAGAGCUGGGAACUGUUCUGCAGAGUCAGUGAAAGUCGGCGAAAUCCAGCUUGGCCCUAGGGGAAUGGGAACUGUCACGAUUCAUUGUCCCAUCGAGGUAGCUAAGGUGCUGUCUGAGGCCGGGAGACUAUUGGUUGGUUGGAGCGCGGCCGAGGUUCAGGUGCUCGAGCAGCGCCCACUGCGCUGCUUCAGGUGUCUCGGCAUCGGACACACGAGGCCAGUCUGCCCCUCCAGCGCGGAUCGGGGGAAUCUGUGUUACAGAUGCGGUGUUGAUGGUCACAGAGCAAUGGAGUGCACGGGCGAGAUCCGGUGCGCGGUUUGCACAGAUAGAGGACUGCCUGCAGCUCAUAUUAUGGGUGGAAAGAGCUGCAAUCCCCCCGCCACGAAGGGCAGAACAGCUCCAUGGGCUCAAACUACCACCAGCGCCGGACGCCGUGAAAUACAAGAGGAAGUUGAUAUGACAUCAUGA